UUUCCAUUCUUGAUUGUGGUGCACAUUCCCCUGUUUUGGAUUUUUCGGUCCACUUCCCUUCCCUCUCUAGCUUGCUAGCUGCGCUGUGCGUUGUUUUUGUGUGCAACUUGCGGUGCGCUGCCCUGCGCCGUACAAAUGCAUCAGGCGUUCGAUAUUGAUGGAUUAUGAACAAGUGAAAUAAUAAGCUGAAAGCUGAUGUUGCAUUAUUGUAACAACAUCAUUCAUUUUACUUUUGCUUGCUAAAAAACCACGCCACAACAUGGACCCACAGAGCGGCAGUAACUCGCCGGGCAUGAUGGCGUCGCCGCUGCUGCCGCCGCCGGGGCUGGGCGCGCUGGGGCCGCCCAUGCCGUCCGCCGUGGCCAUGCCGCCCAUACCCGGCAUGCCGCCCGCCCUCGCCGGCAUGCCGCCUAUGGGCUUCCCGCCCAUGAUACCACCCUUCUCUAUGCCACCUCCUGGAUUCCCCAGCUUUAAACCUGACUUGACAGCCCCUGCCCCGGAUGUUGCACCCAUGGCCAACCAGAGCUGCCCAUGGUCCGAGCACAAGGCACCGGAUGGCAGGACCUACUACUACAACUCUGUCUCAAAGCAAAGCCUGUGGGAGAAACCUGAUGAGCUGAAAACUUCUGCUGAGAAACUGAUGUCAUCAUGUGUGUGGAAGGAGUACACCACAGACGCGGGCCGCGUGUACUACCACAACAUAGAGACCAAGGAGUCCAGCUGGGUGGUGCCCAAGGAGUUCCAAGACAUCAAAGAUCAAAUUGCAGCUGAAGAAGCAGCCGCACAUUCAGCGGCAAUGAAUGCGGACUUGCCCCUGGGAGAGGUGCCUCUGCCGAGCCCGCCCGGGGCGUCCACCGGCAGCUCCGCCCUGGACGAGGCCAUGGCCAAGACCCUCGCAUCCAUCGACCCCUCGCUCACCAACUCUAUCCCUAUUCCGGAGCCAAUUGCAGUGGACGACAUCGCGGUGCCGCCGCAGCCGGGCGACGACCAGCCCGAGACGCAGUACAAGGACAAGAAGGAGGCCAUCGAGGCUUUCAAGGAACUCCUGAGAGAUAAGAACGUGUCAUCCAACGCGACGUGGGAGCAGUGCGUGAAGGUGAUCUCGAAGGACGCGCGCUACGCCGCCUUCAAGAAGCUCAACGAGAAGAAGCAGGCCUUCAACGCGUACAAGACGCAGAAGCUCAAGGACGAACGCGAGGAGCAGAGGCUGAAGAUCAAGAAGAACCGCGAGAGCCUGGAGGAGUUCCUGCUGUCGUGCGAGCGCGUCACCUCGCUCACCAAGUACUACAAGUGCGACGAGAUGUUCACCAACCUCGAGAUAUGGCGGUGCGUGCCCGAGUCGGACCGGCGCGACAUCUUCGAGGACUGCAUCUUCACCAUCACCAAGCGCGAGAAGGAAGAAGCCAAGGCUCUGAAGAAGAGGAAUAUGAAGAUGCUUGCACAGGUGCUAGAGAACAUGAGCGAGAUCACGUACAACAGCACGUGGAGCGAGGCGCAGGUGCUGCUGCUCGAGAACUCGGCGUUCAAGAACGACGUCAGCCUGCUCGGCAUGGACAAGGAGGACGCGCUCAUUGUGUUCGAGCAGCACAUCCGCAACCUGGAGACGGAGUACCUGGCGGAGCGCGAGCAGCUCAAGAAGCGGAACAAGCGCCAGCAGCGGAAGAACAGAGACAACUUCCUGGCGCUGCUGGACGGGCUGCACGAGGAGGGCAAGCUCACGUCCAUGUCGCUGUGGGUGGAGCUGUACCCCGUCAUCUCCGCCGACACGCGCUUCUCCGCCAUGCUGGGCCAAAGCGGCUCCACACCGCUGGACCUGUUCAAGUUCUACGUGGAGAACCUCAAGGCUCGCUUCCACGACGAGAAGAAGGUGAUCAAGGAGAUCCUCAAAGAGAAGGAGUUCGAAGUCCGCCCCGACACCUCCUUCGAAGAGUUCGCGACCGUGGUCUGUGAGGACUCGAAGAGUGCUGCUCUGGACGCCGGCAAUGUCAAGUUGACAUAUAACUCGCUGCUUGAAAAGGCGGAAGCGCGCAACAAAGAGAAGCUGAAAGAAGAGUCGAAAGCCCAGAAGAAGAUCGAGAGCGCGUUCAAGUGGGCGCUAACGGAGGCCAACAUCGACCCCGCGCUGCCGUGGAGCGAGGCGCGGGAGAAAUUAGACCUCGAGCUCCCUGAGUUCACCGCCGUGCCCGAUGAGCACGACCGCGAGGCUAUAUACAAGGACUACCAGAACGAGCAGGAGGACAGCUGCAUGCACUACCACCACCCCAAGCCGCGCAAGUCCAAGCGAAGCAAGAAGAAGAAGCGGUCCAACUCCGCCUCCUUGUCUCGCUCGCGCUCGCGCUCGCGCACGCCGUCCGAGCGCUCGCCGUCCGCGUCCAGCUCCGAGGAGCGCAAGCACAAGAAGGCCAAGAAGAAGCACCGCCGACACACGCCCGUGCCCAAGUCGCCAACCCCCGAGGAGGGCGGCAUCUCUGACGAGUCUCCCGCGCGCGUGAGGCCCAAGAAGAGCAAGCGCAGCGCGCCGACCAGUCCCGAGCUCGACGAGCCCGUCUACAAGCCCAAGAAGAAGAAGGACAAGAAGGAUAAGAAAGACAAGUCCCCGCGCGGCGGCGGCGCGUGGAGCGACGCGGAGCUGGAGUCGCGGCGCGCGGCGCUGCUGGCGCAGCUGCACGAGCAGGAGGCCGACUGACGCUGCGUCACGCACAUCCACAUCUUCAACGACUACCCGCGCCCCGCGCCGCCCCCCGAGCCGCCCGCGCCCGCGCCGCCCAGCGCCAGCGACAGUGAUACCCCCGAGUGAAUGCGAAUUGUGCCGUCAAACUUGAAGCGUUUACUACACGAUGAGAGGGCGCUUGGUCGUAGCCCGCUCGUGUGAAAAUAGAGUAUGAUCAGAUUCCGGUGAUUGGCUGUCUUUGUCUGGGAGCGCUCGGAUUACUUGUUAUGAUAUUAUGAGUAGCAUCCAGUCACUCGGUCCGCGCGAACUCUUGUCGUGUAAACUACGCUUAAUUGCAUUUUUUAGAAACUGAAGCUGAGCGUAGUACCUAAUCACAUGCCCGCCAUGGCUCACUAAAAUACAUCUCUCAAGGAUGGCAUAGAAUAAUAAUAUGGAAUACCUACAAAUACAUUCAGAAACUGGAUAACUUGAGAGGAGAUAGGUACUGCUCAGUCGCAAAAAGUUUGACGGAAUUUCGGCUACAAUAUGUGCAAAGGAUUCUUAUAGCUAAACUAAAAUAUUAAUCCUUUCGCCUAUUGUACACCCUGUGAAGUGAAUCGGCUUUAAAAUGACUUUCAGUAGCGUUAUUUAACAUAUAGUGUUAUUAAACAAUAAAUAUUUUGUGUGUUCUAAUUAGUUUACUUGUGACACCUACUAUUUAUAAGUUCAUGGACAACAGUGUAAAAUUUAAUAGAUACUUGAUGUUCAUUUUAAGCUUGUAAUUUAACUAAUAGGUAACAAAUAUAUUUUAACUAUUAUUAUGAGAUAUGUAAUAUUAACUAUAUUUUACUUUGCGGCAGCGAGAAGUGAGUGGUAUUUGGACAAUAGAAAGCAUAAAAAGAGAAGGCAUGCAAUAUAGUACCUAAAGACUGAAAGACGUUUCGGAAUUUACGGUUGAUCGAUAAAUGAUAGGUUACCUAUCCAAUUUAUGUGAAUAUUAUCAAUGUUGAAUGAUACCUAAUAAAUGUUGACUUAAGAACAGAA